UAUGUGACAAGAGUGGGGGUUACAGCCAGGUCUAGAGAGACAACUCACCAUCUCAUUCAGCAGCUUGAGGAUGCUGAUUGUGAGCUCCUUUCCUGCAUGUAAAAAGCAUCUGAAGGGACGUUCCUGAGCGAGCAGCCACUCAUGACGUGAACUUCUGAACACACCCAUUGAGCAUCCGACGAACUCAGAGCAAGCAGCAGCCCACUUCCAAUUGUCAUGGCAACAGCAUGUGAAUGCAUUGGGCCAUAGGUGCAGACUGUAGAGUGGAUGUAGGAGUGCGGCAUCGGAAGCCACAGCUCUGUCUCCUGAAGCAAGCUGCAAGCUGAAUGAAAAGUGAAACCCCGUUCUCUAAAGAGGAGCCAUCUCUGCUCAGCCAAUCAGCCUGUGAUCUGCCUGGUCUCUCAGGAAAGUCUCUGAUGCCAUGGAGCACAGGGCCCUGAUGUAUACCAGUCAACCCUGGAAGGGGCCCAAGGGCUCCACCUUCACCCCCAACUGGGACACCCCAUCAUGCCGACCAACCGUCAUAACCCCUUGCCCUGAUGUGGUAAAGUCCCCGUGUCAACAUGCUGCCAACAUAUGUCACCCUUCAGAAGUCCCUGUGACCUCCCAGUCCCAGCAGAUUGGCCCCCACGCCUCAACAUCCUCUGGGUUUUCUGCCACUGCCAACACUGCCAGUAGAAAAGGUGAAAAGGAGUGUAAUAUAGUCAUCCCCAUUCAAAAUGAGGAGACGGCCCUGCCAGCAUACAACCCUGGGUUUCGCGGACGCUCCUUCUCUGCAGCCACUGCCUCACACCCAGUCCCACCCAGACGCAGAUGUGACAGCUACGUCCACCUAUGCCCCGACAACGGCUCAGAGGACACUAGCAGAGGCGACGCCUCCCAGUUGAGCCCAGACCUCUCCCCUGAUCACGGUGGUCCACGGUCGCGGUCCCGCAGCAUCAUCCUGAGGAAGACAAAGAGGAGGCCGGCGCCGCCAACCCGUAGCGUGUCCCUCAGGAGAGAAUCUGCCACCAAGCUCAGAGACAACAGGACUAAGAGCCUUUAUAUCGACAGGGACCCUGCCCCCCAUGACUCCUUCCUGCCUGACCUCAUCCUCAUCUCCACACCGAGGACAGAGGAGGUGCUGUGCCUGGAGCAGUCCCCUGCUCAGCCUGUACAGGCCCGGGUUGGGCCACCAGUCAACGACAUUGGGCAGCUACAUGAAGUAAGGUCUAUUGAGCCCUGCUGUCUCAUGUCAAGCUCAGGUCCUGCUAUGGUUGCACCUGUAAAUGAGGGAAGAAAAGCCUCCAGCAGGUCAGAAUCGGUCAGACCCCUUCCCCCCUUGCAACGCCCGCAGUCUCUAACUUGUAAGCAGUCCCCCUUCCAACAACCUGCCUCAGUCUCUCCCUCCAGUGGCCAGUCCAGCUCUCAGUGUGAGACUCGUUCCCCUCCUGUCCUCACAUCUGCCAUCACGGGACCCUCCCCCUUGGGCUGCAGGAUGCGCCCCAAGUCCGCCACCUCGCCCACCUCCCCCAGAUCCAGCAGGCUGCGGCUAUCCUUGGAGUUGCCAGGGGUCGUUCCUCUCCCGGACCCGGCAGUGAUCAAACCCAAAGCCACCCGGCGACACUCAGAGUCCUCUGGGUCGUCUGGCACCACCAGACCCAGACAGAGGCUGAGCUCCAGCAUGAUGGUGAUGCCUGUGGUGACCCAGGAGGAUCUCAGCAAUGUGCGUUUGCGUUCCGUCAGCAGCUCAGACUCUGACAAAGGCCUGGAGGGCUCACCUGAAGUCAUCAGGGAGGAGGAGCUGGAACAGGAGCUGGAGCUGGAGAGCUGCCCACUGGUCCACCACAGUCCUAAAGCUAAACCACCUGUUGCUGCUAAGCCACCUGCACACAAAUGGCCACCGAUACAUUUGGUAAAGUCUUCCUCAGUCUCUACUAAUUUCUCAGAGACCGUUCCAGCCUCACCAAGAGAGAGCCAGGGGGACAUGUAUAUGGUGGAAAUGAGACCAAAACCUAAAAGGUCGCACCAGCUUCCUCGUGUUGCCAGUGAUGGGGUUAUGGUUGAGAGGCAGCAAGCUGUAGACAGGCAACAAUAUGAUGACCCACACCCACCACCCGCCUCCUGCCAUUCAGAGAACAGGGAUGUGAGAAGGACCUCUCCCACCAGGACCUCAUUUCUCCUAGCUGAACUGGAUAGGAAGAAGAAGAUGGUUCCCCCUCCAGUCGCAAAGAAACCGGAUGUCCUCUUCAUGUCCUCCAUCAGCUCACUGGGACAGAAGAGUAAUAGGAGCCAUGUCUGGUCUGGGCCCAGUGGUGCUUACCAGUCUCCUGCCAGUGCAUACCAGUCUCCUGCCAGUGCAUAUCAGUCUCCUGCCAGUGCAUACCCAUCUCCUGCCAGUGAUUACCAGUCUCCUGCCACUGCAUACCAGUCUCCUGCCACUGCAUACCAGUCUCCUACCACUGCAUACCAGUCUCCUGCCAGUGAUUACCAGUCUCCUGCCAGUGAUUACCAGUCUCCUGCCACUGCAUACCAGUCUCCUGCCAGUGCAUACCAGUCUCCUACCACUGCAUACCAGUCUCCUGCCAGUGCAUACCAGUCUCCUGCCACUGCAUACCAGUCUCCUGCCAGUGCAUACCAGUCUCCUGCCAGUGCAUACCAGUCUCCUGCCAGUGCUUACCAGUCUCCUGCCACUGCAUACCAGUCUCCUGCCACUGCAUACCAGUCUCCUGCCAGUGCAUACCAGUCUCCUGCCAGUGCAUACCAGUCUCCUGCCACUGCAUACCAGUCUCCUGCCACUGCAUACCAGUCUCCUGCCAGUGCAUACCAGUCUCCUGCCAGUGCAUACCAGUCUCCUGCCACUGCAUACCAGUCUCCUGCCACUGCAUACCAGUCUCCUGCCAGUGCAUACCAGUCUCCUGCCACUGCAUACCAGUCUCCUGCCACUGCAUACCAGUCUCCUGCCAGUGCAUACCGAGACAAAGACUUUACUGGAGAAGAUCUCAACCAUCACAGUAUAAGAGAUGGGUUCGUCCUAGUUGAGAACUGUGAAGAGAGGAGGGCAAUGUCUCAGAUGAGAACACUGUGCCUCGGGGAGGAAGAGGAGGAAGAGUUGGAGCACAACUCACAGUCAACUACUGAGGACCUAUUCACCAUCAUACACAGGUCCAAGAAGAAACUCCUGGGUCGCAAAGAAACAGCUGACAGCAGGCAAGGUUACGGAUCCCCCAUUAAAGGCAUCCAGGGGGUUGUCCAGAAGUCAAGCUCAAAAAAUGACAACUUCAUGGCUUUUCUGCAGAGGCGGAGGAGCAAUAAACCCAACUCUGGGGAGAGACUAUCAGCCGCUGAACUGCUGAAGAGUACCAAACCACUGGUCGGUCAGCCAUAGAGCAUCAAACAACUCCAAUGUUUAUGUUUCUCAAUGUGUUGCAAACACUUAUCACUCAAUAUGGGGCAUGAGGGUAUUGUGGACAAU